ACCAAAGGCCACCCUCAAUAUCCCACUUCCUCUGUCCUUGCCUAGCUCUCAUCUGUUGUUAUUUAUGCAUCUAUUAAAGCUGCACUGCUGGAAAAGAGAGAUAGAUAGAGCAGAGGCAUCUGUAUCUGCAGUUGCACAGAACAGCUGUGGCAAUAAUGUCCUCAGUCGCCAGCUCUGCAUAUUCCAGAGGCAACCCAUCACCAAAACACAAUGCUACAAGCUGUAACAGUGGUCUAAAAGUGAAGAAAGUCCAUUCACAGUGGUGUUUCCUCACACACCCAUUUUCAGGUGUUUACGCAGAAAAUAUUUCGUAUAAAACACUGUCAAAUGCUUGGAUACACACUUAAAACGUCUUAUAACAACCUAGCAACUACCCAAACUACAAAAUUCUAAAACAGAACACCCACUGAAUUGACCCUUCGAAAAAAACGCCCUCCUUUGUUACUGUUGCUAUGUCCUACAAGCCAUGGCGCUCUCACACCAAACAUCAUGUUCUCACACGGUUAAAAAUACAUGCCGAAGCAAAGACGACACUGACGAUGCGCCAACAGACAAGACAGAGCAGGUUACUUUUUGUUUGAAACAAAAUGUCAGCUUUAAAAUUUUGUACUUUUGUAAGAAAUUCAAAAAAUAAAUACUGUUUUGGGGCUCUUUAAUGUGUUGUGACGGAUCGCUGUUGCACCUCAGUUCAAACACGUGAACCAAUCAUUAGUAGUUAUAACACAAAAUAAACACGAAUGAACAUCAGAAGGCAUCUUGUUUCAGCAAACAAUUGGAUAGCAUCAAGCUAAAAACACUCAAAAACCCAUUGAAACACUUUAUCAACCAUAGCAACACUUUAAAAACCUUUCUGAAACAACCUAGCACCCUAGCAACUAUCCAUAACACCCAAGCAACAACAUAGUGGUAUCUUAAAAAAACAUUCAGAACACCCUCUUUAAUUAAAUUUAUAUGAUAUUUGGGGUAUGUGUAUAAAGAAAUUUAUGGAAUAAAACAAAUGCAACUGAAAACCCUCAAAUCAGAACCUAAAGACCUUAACCUCUCUGGACUCUCCUCUCAUCUGGACUUGUUCCUAUCAAUCCCACCAAUCAUACGAUAUCUAACAGCAGGGAAUCUUAAGUAUAAAACUGCCUGGGAGGCUGAACAUCUGUCCAGUGCUGUUUGGAGAGAUUGCAUAAAGGCCAUCCAUUCCCAAAUGCGUAAACAUCUUCAGAAAACAUGUUUAUCCUUCUUUAUCUGAGCUUUUGGAGUGUGUUGGGGUCACACAGCCAGAGCCUAAGCUCAACAGCAGCAGCAACAACAACACUGCAAGCAUUUGUGACACCUGGAGAAGACAACGCCCAAUGCACGACCUGUCAGUUUAGACAGCAGAGUAAACUCAUGCGCCUGCACUCCAUUAAGUCUCAGAUUUUGAGCAUCCUGCGUCUAGAACAAGCUCCGAAUAUCAGCAGAGACACGGUCAAGCUACUCUUACCCAAGGCACCUCCACUGCAGGAGCUCCUGGAUCAGUAUGACCAAAACGGAGGCAUUAGUGAGGAUGAGGAACAAGGCAGCAGUGAGACCAUCAUUACCAUGGCCACAGAACCUCAAGCCUUCACCCAUCUUGAGGGAAUGCCGAAGUGUUGCAUGUUCUCACUGAGCCCAAAGAUUAUGCCUAACAGCAUCCUCAAGGCCCUGCUCUGGAUCUACCUCCGACCAGCUGAGGAGCCAACCACAGUCUUCAUCCAGAUAUCUCACCUGAGGUCUUUGUCUGAAGGGAACAACCACUCAAGAAUACGAGCACAAAAAAUUGAUGUGAACGCCCGGACAAAUUCCUGGCAGCACAUCAACAUGAAGCAGCUGUUGCAGUUGUGGCUCAAACAGCCUGAGAGUCACUUUGGGAUAGAAAUCAAGGCCUUUGAUGUAAAUGGAAAUGAUCUGGCUGUGACCUCUGCAGAAUCUGGAGAAGAAGGACUGCAACCCUUCCUGGAGGUGAAAAUAUCAGACACUGGCAAGCGUUCCAGACGGGACACCGGUCUCGAUUGUGAUGAGCAUUCCACCGAGUCACGUUGCUGCCGGUAUCCACUCACUGUCGACUUCGAAGAAUUCGGUUGGGACUGGAUAAUUGCUCCCAAGCGUUACAAGGCCAAUUACUGCUCCGGUGAAUGUGUGCAGAAGUACCCCCACAGUCACAUCGUCAACAAGGCCAACCCUCGGGGCAGUGUAGGUCCCUGCUGCACGACCACCAAGAUGUCACCCAUAAACAUGCUGUAUUUCAAUGACCGUGAGCAGAUAAUCUACGGAAAAAUCCCUUCAAUGGUCGUGGACCUUUGUGGCUGCUCUUGAGCUUCUUGAGUAGCUAAAACAAGCCCUCAC